GAGAAUUCACGAUGGUGUGUAUCAACUAGAAGACACAAACCCUAGCCUCCGUCUUCCGGAUCUCAAUCAUCUCUUAUGGAGUCAGAUGAUAGGUUAUUAUUUUUUAGAGCGAAUCACGGUGAAGCAUCUUUGAUCAAGGAGGCGCUGUCUGACUAUGAAAGGGCCUCGGGUCAGGUUUGUAGCAGGUGUCUUCCAUCGAGAUUAAACUUGCAGGGACGACGGGUGGACAGUUAAGGGACAUUGUGGCAUGUGUGCAGCUCAUCCGGAAUCAUUGGAGCACAUCUUUUUUUACCCCGGAAGGCAAACCACCAAAAUCAAUGGGGAGUGGAGCGCUGGGAAUGGACUCCCUUUUCUGGAGCAAAUCAACAAGGAGUUCCAGUCAAAGAGGAAGGAAGCUUUGGAGGUGCUGGUCUGGGGCUGCUGGGCUAUUUGGUGCGAACGAAAUCAUCGGGUCUGGCAAGGGUUGUUUUCAUCGGCCAGACAACUUACUUUUCGGGCCCAAGCUCUGGUGGAUGGCUGGAAGCAAGCUCAACAACCUCGUAGCACAUGGCAGCAGCAAGCACAACAGGGGAGCUUGUCUUGGCGCAAACCAACCCACGGAAUGUUGAAAUUAAAUGUAGAUGCAGCAGUUCGGGCAAAAGGAUGAUGGGUGGGUUGGUGUCUCCAGGACGACAGCGGCAGUUUUGUUGCAGGGGCUGCUCAUCCAUGGCCUGGGAAUUUAACACCAUUGGUGGCCGAACUGGUUGGGAUCUGUGAGGCACUAAGUUGGCUAAAAGAGCAAAGGUGGACAUUUGUUGAGGUAGAGACCGAUGCAUCUAGAGCUAUAGUCGAGAUUUUGAAUGGAUCCAGUUGUUCCAUGGUGGGAUUAUUAAGUCAAGACAUAAGAGAUUUAGCGAAUUCUUUUUCAAGUAUUUCAUUUUGUCAUAUUAAGCAGUCAGCAAAUAAGACUGCCCAUGUCUUGGCAAGAGCGGAUUGUUCUUUGCCCGACUCGCGGUCUUGGUUCUUUAUUCCUCUUCAUUUAUUGUAUCGGC